AGGCGUUUGAUUACAAGUUUCCAUUCUGUACCUAUUCUGUGCCUCUGAUACAAACUUGUCAAAAAUCCAAAAACAAGGUUAUGUUUCGUUUUGUAGCACAAAGUGUUCUUACAAUAAUAAUAACAACUUAAUUUAAAUAAUAGUUUUCUACAUAAGGUUUUAUUUGUGAUUGAAUAUUAAAUGUGCAGGUAAUGUUUGGCCCGUUGCAUUUCAAAACAACCCAAAUAUCAUACGAUGGCCACGAGAUUGACUGUGUAUUUUGUGACAAGAAGUUCAAACUACCAACAGAAACAAAAAUGUUAUCAGAUCAUAUUUUCAAAUCUCAUAAGCUGUUCAUUGAUUCUAUUGAACAAGUUGCAAUUUUGGAAAAGUAUCUUACAUACUGGAAGGGCAGGUUUUCAAUCAUCACAAAAGAAGAACUACUAGGCAGUACAGAUAAAGAAUAUCAUACUCUAUCUGACCAAUUAGAAGAAGAUAAAUUACUAAGGGAGCAGUUGCGAGCUGAAAAACUGGAACUAGCUCUAGAGAAGCAAAGACAAGAGAGAGAGGCGAACUCGUACGCGCGGGAUUGUCUCUUCUGUCACACGCAUGUGCGCGGCAACGUGGCUGACUAUGUGUCACAUCUGUGGGCCAAGCACAACCUGCAGCUCGGCAGGCCUGACAAUCUGGUCUACGUCGAUCAGUUGAUCAACACCAUACAAGCAAAGAUGGAUAGCUUAUUAUGUAUCUAUUGUGAAAAAGUAUUCAAGGAUAGAAAUGUACUAAAAGAGCACAUGCGUAAAAAGCUACAUAAACGAAUCAAUCCGAAAAACUCUGAAUACGACAAGUUCUAUAUUGUGAAUUAUCUGAGCUCUGGACAAGUUGAAAAGACGUCGGAUGAUUGUACAUCUAAAGCGUCGUCCGACUCUGAAGCCGACAACUCGGACUGGUCCGACUGGAUUGAAGAUUCCAACUGCUCCAUAACAUGCUUACUAUGCAGAGACAACUUCACCUCUUUUGAUGAUACCGUCAACCACAUGAAAUUGCACCAUAAAUUCGAUUAUAGCAGUAACACAAAAGAGUUGAGCUUCUAUCAGCAGGUGAAGCUUGUCAAUUUCAUAAGAAGGCAAGUGCAUAGAGGUCACUGUUUUUGCUGUGAUAUAUCCCUAGAAUCUGAUCUCAAAAUGACUGAGCAUCUAUGUGAACAUCAAGACCUCAUGCCUGAGCAAUCUCUCUGGGAUCAACCAGAAUACUUCUUCCCGACCUAUGAAAACGAUUUCUUUCUUUGUCACAUUGUCGACCCGCAGGAGGAUGGCGAUACCAGUUCUGGGAUCGAUGUUUACUGCGAAACUCAAAAUGAGUCUGUCGAAAGUUCAUGUUCUUGAAAAAUAUAUGCAAUAACGUAAUGCUUCAAAUAUCCGAUCAGAAUAUUGUAAAAAUUACUGUACUCUACUAUGCCAUUAAUAAGUUUGCUUAGCAAUAAAACAGCUACCAAAGGAAAUGUUACCUAUUGCAUUUCAUACUCUCAAAUUAAUUCACAUUCAAAUUAAAAUUCGAAAAAUAACAUGCAAAUUUCAAGAGCUCUAUUGAUAAUUGUUUAUAAUUUCCGUUUAGAAAAGGAAUUUAUCCAUAUUGGAAUUCAUUUUGCUAAAGGUGAACGAGUCAUCUGAUUUUAUAAUGUAUCGUUGUAGUUCCUGAGGUGUUGUUCAAAAAAAAUCAUGACAAGUUAUUCUGAAGAGAUCAACUACCUUGAAAACUUCAAGCCCUAAUAUAUCUAAAAAUAACUGAUUAGAUCAUAAUUAUUUCCCCUUCCUGAAAGUAAAUGUUAUUGUCCUGAAAGUACAUUAAUGAUUGUCAAAACCAUCGAAAACUCAUUACCUUAACCUGUGUAUUCAAACACCUUCAAGUGUAAAACAGGAUGAAACAUUUUUAAAUACAUAAUUUUAUUGUGCAAAUGUAAUUGGAAUUAUAAUGGCUCUAUUUAGCGAAA